UGCCAGCUGGAGCUAUAUAAAGUCCUUCUGAGGCCUGCUCCCCUGCCGACUUGUGACCAUGAAGGCUGUCCUCCUUGCCCUGCUGGGCAUCAGCUUGGCCCUGCAGCCAGGUGCUGCCCUGCAGUGCUAUUCCUGUACAGCCCAGAUUAGCAACAAGGACUGCCAGAAUGUGAAGAACUGCAGCCAAACCGAGACCUACUGCUGGACGUCGCGCGUCCGUGCCAUUGGGAUCCUGAAGCUCAUCAGCAAGGGCUGCACCUCGGACUGUGUGGAUGAUUCAGACAACUACUACUUGGGCAAGAAAAACAUCACCUGCUGCUCCACUAACCUGUGCAACGUCAGCGGGGCCUAUGCCCUGCAGCCAGCCAGCACCCUGGGGCUGCUCCCAGUGCUCACUGGCCUGCUACUGUGGGGCUCUGGGCAGCUUUAGGCUCCAGGGACAGUGGUGGCCUAGCCCUGGGCUUCCUCACACACCUGGCCCCAGUCCUGCAUGCACCCCGACACAGGCCUGCCCUGACCAGUCCCUGCUGUGGCUCCCUCCAGGACUCUGGCCCAGCGCCCACCCACUCUAGUGACAGGGACAGUCUGAAGCUGCCCAGUAGCCCACUGGGCCCUUCCUUCACCUCUGAUCAGGCACCUCCUUCUCCAGGAUGCUUUUCCCUCAAUCCCCUCCAGGAGCUGAGUCAGGUCAGUGAGGGGCAGCACCUGGAGGCCUAGAAACGGCUAAGAGGAGAGGGGUUGGGUGCCAGUGGGGACUAGAUGUGAGGCCCUGGAAGUCCCCCAUGUUCAAGGGACCUGGGACACAGCAGCUUCAACACACAGUGGGCCCUUAAUAAACACCUCUUGGGUAA